AUCCCAUCUAAUGCCGAGGCUGAAAGAAUCACGCUCCCACGAGUCUUUGCUCAGUCCUAGUAGUGCUGUUGAGGCUCUGGAUCUCAGUAUGGAGGAAGAAGUGGUCAUCAAGCCAGUCCACAGUAGCAUCCUGGGACAAGACUACUGCUUUGAGGUGACAACUUCAUCAGGAAGUAAGUGCUUCUCGUGUCGUUCCGCAGCAGAGCGAGAUAAAUGGAUGGAGAACCUGCGGCGUGCCGUGCACCCAAAUAAGGACAACAGCAGAAGGGUAGAGAAUAUGUUAAAGUUAUGGAUUAUUGAAGCCAAGGACCUGCCAGCCAAGAAAAAGUACUUGUGUGAAUUAUGCCUGGACGACGUUCUUUAUGCACGAACUACCUGUAAAUUGAAAACUGAUAAUGUGUUUUGGGGGGAGCACUUUGAAUUUAAUAACCUCCCAUCACUCAAAAACAUUACAGUGCACUUAUACAAAGAGACUGACAAGAAGAAAAAGAAGGACAAGACCAAUUUCAUUGGACAAGUGAACAUCCCAGUCAGCUCCGUCACGGGGCGGCAGUUUGUAGAGAAAUGGUACCCAGUGGUCAGCCCCAACCCCGGGAAGGGCAAGUCCCCAGGGCCCAUGAUCCGCAUCAAGUCACGCUACCAGAGCAUGAGCAUCCUUCCCAUGGAGAUGUACAAAGAGUUUGCUGAGUACAUCACUAACAAUUACAUGGUGCUGUGCUCGGUGCUGGAGCCCUCGCUGAGCGUGAAGAACAAAGAGGAGAUGGCGUCCGCGCUGGUGCACAUCCUGCAGAGCACGGGCAAGGCCAAGGAUUUCUUGACUGACCUGAUGAUGUCUGAAGUUGAUCGCUGUGGUGAGAAUGAGCAUCUCAUUUUCAGGGAGAACACGCUGGCCACCAAAGCCAUCGAAGAAUACCUGAAGUUGGUGGGGCAGAAAUACUUGCAAGAUGCCUUAGGGGAAUUUAUCAAGGCACUGUACGAGUCAGAUGAAAAUUGUGAGGUGGAUCCCAGUAAGUGCUCAUCUUCAGACCUUCCUGAACAUCAGAGCAACCUGAAAAUGUGCUGUGAGCUGGCCUUCUGCAAAAUCAUCAACUCCUACUGUGUCUUCCCAAGGGAGCUUAAAGAAGUUUUUGCUUCAUGGAGGCAAGAAUGCAGCAACCGAGGCCGCCCAGACAUCAGCGAGCGACUGAUCAGUGCCUCCCUGUUCCUGCGGUUCCUCUGCCCGGCCAUCAUGUCCCCGUCCCUCUUCAGCCUCCUGCAGGAGUACCCAGAUGACCGCACUGCACGCACUUUGACCCUCAUUGCCAAGGUCACCCAGAACCUCGCCAACUUCGCCAAGUUUGGCAGCAAAGAGGAGUACAUGUCCUUUAUGAAUCAGUUCCUGGAGCAUGAAUGGACUAAUAUGCAGAGAUUUCUACUGGAGAUUUCCAAUCCCGAAACCAUCUCCAAUACAGCUGGCUUUGAAGGAUACAUUGACCUGGGCCGGGAACUGUCCACUUUGCACUCACUGCUCUGGGAAGUCAUUUCUCAACUGGAGCAGAGCACUGCAACAAAACUUGGGCCUCUGCCUCGGAUCCUGAGGGAUGUCAACUCGGCGCUCAGCAACCCAGCCUGUGUGCAGGUCUCGGUCACGGCCGAGCACGCCGCAUCCACACCCAGUGCUGGCAACAGCAUCUCCAUGGGGCUGCAGAAAAUGGUGAUAGAGAAUGACCUGUCUGGUCUGAUAGAUUUCACACGGUUACCAUCUCCAACCCCUGAAAACAAGGACUUGUUUUUUGUCACAAGGUCUGCUGGGGCCCAGCCCUCGCCUGCCCGAAGCUCCAGUUACUCAGAGGCCAAUGAGCCCGACGUGCAGAUGUCUAAUGGCAGCAAGAGUUUGUCCAUGGUGGACUUGCAGGACAAUCGGCUCUUGGACAGUGGGGCCAAUGCACCUGGCACGGCUGACUCCCUCAAUGACAGUCAGUCCUCCCUCGGGCAGUUGCAGGGCAUAUGGACCACACGGACUCAGCAGAACAGCGUGACGGCUAUGGCCACCGUGCGCCGGGUGGGCCAGACCCCCACCACGCCGAGCGGCGAGAGUGCGCCCGGCCGGCCCCAGCUCCUGGCUCCCCUCUCCUUCCAGAAUCCUGUCUACCAGAUGGCCGCCGGGCUCCCGCUGUCCCCCCGCGGCCUGGGCGACUCCGGUUCCGAGUGCCACAGCUCGCUCAGCUCCCACAGCAACAGCGAGGAGCUGACGGCCAACAAGCACGGCUUUGCCGCCCCCGCCACCAGCGAGGACUUCUCCCGCCGGCCGGGGGAGCUGGCCCGCCGGCAGCUCUCGCUGACGGAGAAGGGCGGCCAGCCCACCAUGCCGCGGCAGAACAGCGCGGGACCGCAGAGGCGGAUCGACCAGCCGCCCCCGCCGCCUCCGCCUGUCACCCGCGGCCGGACGCCGCCCUCCUUGCUGAACACGGUGCAGUACCAGCGACCCUCCAGCGGCACCAUGAUGUCCUCCUCCCCAGACUGGCCGGGCAGUGGAGCCCGCCUCCGGCAGCAGUCCUCCUCCUCCAAGGGCGACAGCCCUGAGAUGAAGCAGCGCACGAUGCACAAACAGGCCCCUUCUCCUGUGAACCCCAAUGCCCUGGACCGCACUGCUGCUUGGCUUUUGAAUAUGAACAUGCAGUUUUUAGAAGAUGAAAGCAUUGACCCAGAUUCCAAGCACAGGGAUAAGCUCAGGAAUAAGGACGAGCUCAGCCAAGCAGAAAAGGACAUAGUGGUGCUGCAGGACAAGCUUCGCAUCUCCAACAAGAAGCUGGAGGAGUAUGAGACUCGCUUCAAGUGCCAGGAGGAGACAACACAGAAGCUAAUGCUGGAGUACCAGGCCAGGCUGGAGGAGAGUGAGGAGCGGCUCCGGAGACAGCAGGAGGAUAAAGAGAUCCAAAUGAAGGGCAUCAUCAGCAGACUGAUGUCAGUUGAGGAGGAGUUAAAGAAGGACCAUGCAGAAAUGCAGGCUGCUGUGGAUUCCAAGCAGAAGAUUAUUGAUGCACAGGAGAAACGCAUUGCUUCCUUGGAUGCUGCCAACGCACGGUUAAUGAGUGCCCUUACUCAGCUGAAAGAGAGGUACAGCAUGCAGACACGUAACGGGAUCUCCCCCACAAACCCAACUAAAUUGCAGAUUACAGAGAAUGGAGAAUUCAGAAACAGCAGUAAUUGUUAACGCGUGGAGGGCGCUGCCGCAGGA